AUGAGGCGUCGGCUGUUGCUGGCGUGCCUGGCUCUGCUGGCGCUCGCGGUUGCGGCGCCGCGGGCGGCCAUGGCCCGGGAGUACGCGGCCGUGUUCAGCUUCGGGGACUCCCUGUCGGACACCGGCAACCUCUGCGUGGACGGCAUCCCGGACUACCUGGCCACGGCGCGCUCGCCGUACGGCAUGACCUACUUCGGCUACCCCACGGGGCGCGUCUCCGACGGCCGCGUCGUCAUCGACUUCAUCGGUAGGCAACGCACGCAUGCGCUUUCCCGUUCCCGAGCACGAGUGCGCGCAGGAGCUGAUGAACCGUGUCUGUCUGUCUGUCGUCUGCAUGAGUGGGGAGCAGCGCAGGAGCUGGGGCUGCCGCUGCUGCCGCCGUCCAAGGCGAAGAACGCGACGUUCCACCGCGGCGCCAACUUCGCCAUCACGGGCGCCACGGCGCUGGGCAUGGACUUCUUCGAGGAGCACGGGCUGGCGCGCGCCGUGUGGAGCUCCGGCUCCCUGCACACCCAGAUCGGGUGGUUCCGGGACAUGAAGCCCAGCAUCUGCAGCUCCCCGCAAGAGUGCCGGGAGCUGUUCCGGCGGUCGCUGUUCGUGGUGGGCGAGUUCGGGGGCAACGACUACGGGUCGACGAUCUUCUCCUUCCGGCCACUGGAGGAGGUGCACGCGCUGGUGCCGCACGUGGUGGGCGCCAUCGCGCGGGGCGUGGAGGAGCUGAUCGCGGAGGGCGCCGUGGACCUAGUGGUGCCGGGGCUGCUGCCCACCGGCUGCUUCCCCAUGUUCCUGUCCACGUUCAGCGACAAGCCGGCCGCGGCGUACGGGCCCCGGAGCGGGUGCGUCAAGGAGCUCAACACGCUGUCGUGGGUGCACAACGCCGCGCUGCAGCGCAAGGUCGAGGAGCUCCGCGCCAGGCACCCCGCCGUGCGCAUCGUCUACGCUGACUACUACACGCCCGCCAUCCAGUUCAUCCUCCACGCCGAGGAGUACGGGAUGCUGAAACAGAUGCCGCGAGCCUGCUGCGGUGCGGCGGGCGUGGGGGAGUACAACUUCAACCUGACGUCCAAGUGCGGCGAGGCAGGGGCGUACGCGUGCCAGGACCCUUCCAACCACUGGAGCUGGGACGGCGCCCACCUGACCGAGGCAGCCUACGGCCACAUCGCCAAAGGCUGGCUCUACGGGCCUUUCGCUGACCCACCAAUCCUCCACCCCUGA